AUGGCGCAAGAAUCACUUGUCCUCCGCGGCACCAUGAAAGCCCACACUGAUUGGGUAACCGCCAUUGCUACCCCAAUUGACAACUCCGACAUGAUUGUCACUUCUUCGAGAGACAAAUCCAUCAUUGUCUGGUCACUAACCAAAGACGGCCCAACAUACGGUGUCCCCCGCCGCCGUCUCACCGGACACGGCCACUUUGUCCAGGAUGUCGUUCUUUCCUCCGACGGUAUGUUCGCUCUUUCCGGUUCAUGGGAUGGUGAGCUUCGUUUAUGGGAUCUUCAGGCGGGGACCACCGCUCGUAGGUUUGUUGGUCAUACUAAGGAUGUGCUAUCCGUUGCGUUUUCGGUUGAUAACCGUCAGAUUGUUUCCGCGUCUAGGGACAAGUCGAUUAAGCUGUGGAACACUUUAGGUGAGUGUAAGUACACUAUUCAGGAUGGGGAUUCGCAUUCUGAUUGGGUUUCGUGUGUGCGUUUUAGCCCGAAUACGCUUCAGCCAACUAUCGUUUCGGGUUCAUGGGACCGUACUGUGAAGAUAUGGAACUUGACUAACUGUAAGCUGCGUUCGACUCUUGCUGGACACACUGGGUAUGUCAACACUGUGGCGGUUUCGCCUGAUGGUUCGCUGUGUGCUAGUGGAGGGAAGGAUGGAGUUAUUUUGCUGUGGGAUUUGGCUGAGGGGAAGAAGCUGUACUCGCUUGACGCGGGUUCGAUUAUUCAUACUCUUUGCUUUAGUCCUAACAGGUACUGGCUUUGCGCCGCGACUGAGUCUAGCAUUAAGAUUUGGGAUUUGGAGAGCAAGAGCAUUGUGGUUGAUCUUCGAGUGGAUCUCAAGCAAGAGAGUGAGAUGCUUGCUGCCACUCCUGAUGGAGGAGCUGCUCCUGUCAAGAACAAGAUCAUUUACUGUACCAGUUUGAGCUGGAGUGCUGAUGGAAGCACACUUUUCAGUGGAUAUACAGAUGGUUUGAUUAGGGUCUGGGGUAUUGGUCGUUAUUAG